AUGGGUGACAAAGAUCAUCAUGCAUUCUAUUGCUCAAGCCACUACCUUCCUGUGUUCAUACAGCUCAAGCUUCAACAAGUUCUUACGACUCCUGAGGCUAAUAAGGCCGUGGAUACAGUAUCGGAAAAAAUAUCAAGAUACAUGUUGAGAAACUCGAGAAUUACUGCCCUCGUGCUACAAGCAGUAGCUCCAAUUCAUAAUAAUAUUUCUGCAGAAAACCUACUAUCUUCAUCUGAGACCCUUGAUGAGAAAUUUGAGGGAAUGAUCCCGGGCAUUACAGAUUCUGGCAGAGCCAGAUUUAUCGCUCAUAGUGAUAGUGAAGACGAAGAAAAGCUAGAGGCCCGCAAAUGCGAGAAACAUUAUAAAGCACAUAUAGGCGCAACCCAGCAUGACUUUAGGGCUCUUCAAGAGACGGCUCAUGGGCGUAAAGUCGGAAAUAUAUCUCAAAACACCGUUUGUCCACGACCCGGCAACUUCCAAACAAGGAAAAACAAGUUUUCCUUACACAAUUUCCCAAUAUAA